AUGAGCCUUAUGCGUUCCAAGGGUCUGGUCUUCCGUUACAUAAGAACGCUCGCCAGGAAGUUCCGGGCUUUCCAGGAAACUUGGUUGCUGCCAUGGUGGGGGGCAGGAAAGGUGACGGUAGUCCCUCUUUGGGCGUUGGAUACCUUGGUGCUGAUUGUCAAGUUAUGCUCCACGUGCGCCGUUGCCAUAGUGCGGGUGCUGAUACCGCCAACGAUGAAGAGUUUGUACGGAGAGACCGUUCUGAUAACGGACACUGGGCGUGCGUUGGGCCGCGAGCUGGCCUUACAGUUCGCCGAGCUCGGCGCUACCGUGAUUUGCUGGGACAGCGACGCACGAAGAAACAAUGCCCUCAUCAACCACAUACGGAGCAGGGACGGUGAGUGUCUCGGCUUCACGGUGGACCUGAGCGCGCGGGAUCAGGUGACUUCGCUGGCGUGUAGGAUGCGCAGGUUGGCCGACGUGUCGAUAGUGGUCAGCAACGCAGGCGCCUGGUGCCGCGCGCAGGCUUCGAACCUCGCGCCCGACGCUCUCGUCCGCCUCAUCGAGGUCAACUUGCUGGCUCACUUUUGGAUUAUACAAGCCUUUCUGCCGAGCAUGAUCGAGAGGCGGCAUGGGCAUAUCGUUGCGAUAAACUCGAGCGCGGGCCUCUUGCCGUGCGCUGACAUGGCGCCAUAUUGUGCCGCAAUGUUUGGCCUUAGAGGAUUAAUGGACUCCAUAUCGGAGGAACUGCGGUUGGACACGUGGACGAAGAACAUCAGCACUACCUCCGUGUACUUGGCGUGUACGUCAACAGACCUCCACCCGCCGCCAAAUCACCGUUUCAACUCCUGUUUCGCAGAGAUCACGCCGAAGGAAGCAGCUAGAAUUAUAAUCGAGGGUAUUCGGAAGAAUCAAAAGGAUAUCAGCAUACCUUCGAUCAUGAAACCUUUAAUUGCCCUCCACAAUGUCUUGCCUUACCGCAUAAGAAUAAUAUUUACGGACUUUUUUAAUUUUGGCCACAGAGGGUGGUUUAGCUAUUGU